AUGACCGUGGCGAGUGGCCUCAAUCCUCCUGCCACGCCGAAGCCCAUGCCUGCGGUUCCAAACUUCACAAAGAACACCAACAAACGUUGGCCCCCCAUGGCGAACCGCAACGCUCUUCCAUACAAACUCACCCUCAUCUCCAAGGAGAAGCUGGCCCGAGAAGCUACUGCUCCGGACCCCGAUCUCCGCCGCUGUGUGGCUCACUUCCGCCUCCACUGCGGUUCCGUCCUGUGGACCGAGAAUGACAUGAAGUCUCGCAUCAGCUCGUUCGACUUCGAAGAGACCGACGAAGAAGAUGAGGAUGAUCUCCCCGAAAUCAAAACUCAAUCCGCGACCCAGAAUGCGUUUGUCCGAGUCGCAAUUACCGAGACACCCGAGACGGAUGUCGUGACUCAAUCAUCGCAUCUCUCGACCGACAGUGGUCUUUUCCCGGAUCAAACUCACUGCAUAGAAGUGAGCAAGAACAUGUGCUGCAUCUCGGUCUCUCCCAUUGCCGCUUAG